GUUGAGGUCAAGGAGACAAUGAAUUCUGGGUUCCUCAGAGCUGGGUCUUUGAAAUCACUGACGUUCCAGGAUGUGGCUGUGGACUUCACCCAGGAGGAAUGGAGGCUGUUAGAUCCAGCUCAGAAGGACAUGUACAGAGAUGUGAUGCUGGAGAACUAUGAGAACUUUGUUUUCCUGGGACUUCCAGAUUCCAAAUCAGAUGUGAUCUCCCAGUUGGAAAGAAGAGAAAGACCAGGGUUACCAGAGGGAGAAGUCCCAAGAAGCCCUUCCAUAGAUUUUCUUCAUGAACAUAAUACAUUUGGAAGGAAGUGCAGCCUGGGUUCAAUCCUUGUUCCACAGCAAAGAGUUUCAGUUGGAAAAGACCUCCAUAAUUAUGAUACCCUUGGAAAAAGUUUCAAGAAAUUUUCAGAUCUAAUUAAACAUAAUAAAAAAAUUUCCUUAAGGGAGAAACUUUGUAAGUGUAAUAAAUCCAAGAAGACUCAUUUUGACAGGAUAUACACUCAAGAAAAACACCCUAAACAUGAGAGAUUUAGCAAAGCCUCCAGGAGCAAUUCAUGCCUUACUGUACAUCAAAGAAUUCAUGAAAAAGAGAAACCAUUUGAGUGUAAUGAAUGUGGAAAAGCCUUCAGCAAUAAUCAAAAUCUAUCUCGACAUCAAAGAAUUCAUACUGGAGAAAAACCAUUUGAAUGUAGUGAAUGUGGAAAAACUUUCAGUAGUAACCAAUGCCUAAUUGAACAUCAAACAAUUCAUACUGGAGAGAAACCCUAUAAAUGUAAUGAAUGUGAAAAAGCUUUUAGCUGUAAGGGGAACCUUUAUGUACAUAAAAGAAUUCACAGUGGGGAGAAACCAUACAUCUGUAGUGAAUGUGGGAAAGCCUUCAACCAGCAGGGUCACCUUAAAAUACAUAAGGUAAUUCAUACUGGAAAGAAGCCCUUUGAAUGUAAUGUAUGUAGAAAGGCUUUUAGCAAUAAACAAUACCUGGGCCAACAUCAAAAAAUUCAUACUGGAGAGACCCCCUAUAAAUGUAAUGAGUGUGGGAAAACCUUCUGCCACAAUUCACACCUUACUAGACAUAAGAUAAUUCAUACUCGAGAAAAGCCAUUUGAAUGUAAUGAAUGUGGAAAAGGCUUCAGACAGAGCUCAUCCCUUAUGCAACAUCAAAGAAUUCAUACUGGAGAGAAACCUUACAUAUGUAAUGAAUGUGGGAAAGCCUUCAGGCAGAAAGGACAUCUUGAGACACACAAUGUGAUUCAUACAGGUGAGAAGCCCUUUGAAUGUCAUGAAUGUGGAAAAGCCUUCAGCAGUAAUAAUUAUCUGUUUCAGCAUCAAAGAAUUCAUACUGGAGAGAAGCCCUAUAAAUGUAACGAAUGUGGGAAAGCCUUCUGUACUAAUUCACGCCUUAAAGCACAUAAGGUAAUUCAUCCUGGAGAGAGACCCUUUGAAUGUGAUGAAUGUGGGAAAGGCUUUAGAUUCAGCUCAGCUCUUAUACAACAUAAGAGAAGUCAUACUGGAGAGAAACCUUUUAAAUGCAAUGAAUGUGGGAAAGGCUUCAAGCAGAAUGCAUACCUUAUGCAACAUGAAAGAAUUCAUACUGGAGAGAAGCCCUAUGAAUGUAAUGAAUGUGGGAAAGCAUUUAGCAGGAAGGGAAAUCUUAAUACACAUAAGAGAAUUCAUACUGGAGUGAAACCAUAUUCAUGUAAUGAAUGUGGGAAAGCCUUCAGGCAUAAGGGGAACCUUAAUACACAUAAAAAAAUAAACCAUACUGGUGAUAGACCUUAUGAAUGCAAGCAAUGUGGAAAGACACUGAGUAAGAGCUCCUUUCUUGCUCUACAUAAGAGAGUCCACACUGGGGAGAGACCUUAUGAGUGUACACAAUGUGGAAAGACAUUCAUUCAGAGAUCCCAUCUUGCUAUACAUCAGAACAUCCACAAUGACAAGAAAUCUUACGAAUGCAAGAAGUGUGGAAAGACUUUCAGAUGGAGCUUUGAACUUGCUCUACAUCAGAGAAUUCACACUGGGGAGAAACCUUAUGAAUGCAAGCAACGUGGAAAGACAUUCACAUAUAACUCCAGGCUUGCUGUACAUCAGAGAGUCCACAAUGACAAGAAACCUUAUGAAUGCAAGCAGUGUGGAAAGACAUUCAAUGCAAGAUCUCAGCUUGCCUUACAUCAGAAAGUCCACACUGGGGAGAAACCUUAUGAAUGCAGGCAAUGUGAAAAGACUUUCAGAUGGACCUGUGAACUUGCUGUACAUCAGAAAGUCCACACUGGAGAGGAACCUUAUGAAUGUAAGCAGUGUGGAAAAAUAUUCAGUUGGAGCUCCCAUCUUGCUCAUCAUCAGAGAAUUCACACUGGGGAGAAACCUUAUGAAUGCAAUCAAUGUGGAAAGCCAUUCAGUCAGGGAUCCCAUAUUGCUGCUCAGCAGAGAGUCCACACUGGGGAUAAGCCUUAUGAAUGUAUGCAGUGUGGAAAGGUAUUCAGUAGGAGAUCUCAUCUUGCCAUACAUCAGAGAAUCCACACUGGAGAGAAACCUUAUGAAUGUAAGCAUUGUGGAAAGACUUUCAGACAAAGCUUUGAACUUACUGUUCAUCAGAGAGUCCACACAGGGGAGAAACCUUAUGAAUGCAAUCAGUGUGGAAAGAGAUUCACAAAUAACUCCAGUCUUGCUGUACAUCAGAGAGUUCACACUGGGGAGAAACCUUAUGAAUGCAAGCAGUGUGGAAAGACAUUCACAUAUAACUCCAGUCUUGCUGUACAUCAGAGAGUCCACACUGGGGAGAAACCUUAUGAAUGCAGGCAGUGUGGAAAGACAUUCAGUCAGAGAUCCCAUCUUGCUGCACAUCAGAGAGUCCACUCUGGGGAGAAACCUUAUGAAUGCAAGCAGUGUGGAAAGACAUUCAGUCGGAGAUCCCACCUUGCUAUACAUCAGAAAAUCCACACUGGUGAGAAUCCUUAUGAAUGCAAGCAAUGUGGAAAGACAUUCAUUUGGAGCUCUAAAUUUGCUGUACAUCAGAGAAUCCACACGGGGGAGAAACCUUAUGAAUGCAAACAAUGUGGAAAGACUUUCAGACAGAGCUUUGAACUUGCUUUACAUCAGAGAGUUCACACUGGGGAGAAACCUUAUGAAUGCAAUCAGUGUGGAAAGACAUUCACAAAUAACUCCAGUCUUGCUGUACAUCAGAGAGUACACACUGGGGAGAAACCUUAUGAAUGCAAGCAAUGUGGAAAGACAUUCAGUCGGAGCUCCAAACUUGUUCUACAUCAGAGAAUCCACACUGGGGAGAAACCUCAUGAAUGUAAGCAAUGUGGAAAGACAUUCAAUCAGAACUCCAGUCUUGCUCUACAUCUGAGAAUCCACAAUGGCAAGAGACCUUAUGAAUGCAAGCAAUGUGGAAAGACAUUCAGUCAGAGCUCCCAUCUUGCUGUACAUAAGAGAGUCCACACUGGGGAGAAACCUUAUGAUUGCAAGCAAUGUGGAAAGACAUUUAGUAGGAGAUCUCAUCUUGCUAUUCAUCAGAGAAUCCACACUGGUGAGAAAACUUAUGAAUGUAAGCAAUGUGGAAAGACUUUCAGACGGAGCUUUGAACUUGCUGUACAUCAGAGAGUACACACUGGGGAAAAACCAUAUGAAUGCAAUCAGUGUGGAAAGACAUUUACAUAUAACUCCAGUCUUACUGUACAUCAGAGAGUCCACACUGGGCAGAAACCUUAUGAAUGCAACCAGUGUGGAAAGACAUUCUCAUAUAACUCCAAUCUUGCUGUACAUCAGAGAGUCCACACUGGGGAGAAACCUUAUAAAUGCAAACAAUGUGGAAAGACAUUCACGUAUAAUUCCAAUCUCAAGCGACAUCAAAAUAUUCAUACUGGAGAGAAACCUUAUGAAUGUAGUAAAUGUGGGAAGGCUUUUAGGACAAAGGGACAUCUGGCUGAGCAUCAAAGAAUUCAUACUGGAGAGAAACCUUAUGAAUGUAGUAAAUGUGGGAGGGCCUUUCUGAUGAAGUCAUAUCUUACCAAGCAUCAGAGGAUUCAUACUGGAGAGAAACCUUAUGAAUGUGGAGAAUGUGGAAAGGACUUCAGGUAUAGGGCUAAACUUAUUGCACAUCAGAAAAUCCAUGCAAGGGAAAAACUUGAUUAAUGUAGUAAAUGUGGGAAGGGCUUUGGGAGAAAAUCAUAUCUUACGAAACAUCUGAGAAUUCAUACUGAAGAGACACUUUAUCAAUGUAGUGAAUACGGGAAGACUUUCACAUUGAAGAUGCAUCUUUUUUUUUAACUUUUGUCAGGGAAGAAAGACCCCU